ACUUCCAAUUUUCCAUCCGGCCAGCGGCCUUGCCGGCUUUCAACAUAAACACAAACACACAACACACAAACACACAAACACUAAAAAAUUCGUGUUUCUUACAAUGACAGACGAUGGGAUGUUCGAACUAGAACCUUUGGAAAACGGAAUCGAGCCAGUCGUUCUUCCUGAUUCUGUACAAGUUGUCGUCGGAAGAGACCCGUCGACGAAGAUAAGAGACGUCCACUGCUCCAGGAAACAGUUGACUUUGUCUGCUGAUUAUAAGAACAAGGUUGUUAGUGUUACAAGGGCUGGACUCUGCCCUUCCGUAUUGGAUGGCAAUAUUAUCGAAAAGGGCACCACAUGUACUGGACAGGAUCAAAUGAUUUUGGAAUUGUUACCCGGCAAACUGAAAUAUAGAAUAAUUUGGAAAAAAAUAAACCUGUUUGGCAAGCGUCGCACUACUGAAACGAUGGAUUCAAAUUUAAAUGUUUCCACCAAGAAAGUGCGUUCAAAUUUUCAGUGGGAUAAACUUGGUCAUAGAUCGACAGCAUCUCAAAAAACACUGUUGCGUUGUCUGUAUCAUGCAGAUGAUUCGUCAAAUGAAUUGGCUCCUGUGAAGAUUGCUGCCUUUGAUUUAGACGGCACUAUCAUAAAAACUAAAUCAGGUUACGUCUUUCCAAAAGGUUGUGAUGAUUGGAUGCUUUGGGACAUUAAAAUCAAACCCACGUUAAAACAGCUGCAUAAAGAUGGUUAUAAAAUAGUCAUUUUCACAAAUCAGGCUUCACUGCGGUCUGAAAGUAAUGUAGCAAAUUUCAAGCAGAAAAUAGAAAACAUUUUAAAGGAGGUCAAAUUACCAGUUAGUGUUUAUAUAUCGACAACAUACGACGUGUUUAGGAAACCUGCGCCUGGAAUGUGGUACCAAUUAAUUGAUGAUACAAAACAAAAUAUAGAGAUGUCUGGUAGUUUUUAUGUUGGUGAUGCUGCCGGGAGGAAAGACAAUUGGGCUCCAGGGAAAAAGAAAGACUUUUCCAUGGCCGACAGAUUGUUCGCAAGAAAUGUCGGUGUAACGUUUUUUACACCUGAAGAGUAUUUCUUAGACUGGAAAGUAGCAGAUUAUAAACAGCCUAGUUUUGACCCUAAUACAUUGCAGACACAGGAUACUGAUUUUACCUUCAAUCUUUCUGCACAGCAAGAGGCUAUAGUGAUGGUUGGGUCGCCUGCCUCGGGAAAAAGCCAGUUCGUUAAAAAUCAUCUUUUAAAUAAGAACUUUGCCGUUAUAAAUAUGGAUACGCUAAAAACCUGGUCAAAAUGUAAAAAAGAGAUGGAAAUGUUUCUGAGAAACAAGCGUAAUGUUGUCAUCGACAAUACCAACCUUAAAGCUGAAAGACGAAAGGAGAUUAUAAACAUAUGCAGACAGUACAAUGUACAAGCAAGGUGCUUUGUAAUGAAUUCUUCUUUAAACCAUUGUCUUCAUAACAAUAAGUUCCGUGAAAUAACAGGUGUUAAUCAUAUUAACAUAAUUAACCCAUCUAUAAUAACGAAUUUUUGGAAAGAUUAUGAAGAACCGUCCUUGAAUGAAGGAUUCACGGAAAUAAUUAAAGUGCCAUUUAUUCCAACAUUCCAAGGAGACGACCACAAAAAACUAUAUUACAUGCAUUUAAUAGAUGUGAAAUAAAUUGUUAAUAAAAGCUGUGAAACAUGUGUUAUUAGAUUAA